AUGAAUAGAGUUCACCAGAUUAUCAUUAUCUUUAAGAAUCACGAUAUGAGAGCGAGAUACAAGAUCAGGGUUCCAUCAAUCCCGGAAACUCGCUGGCUCUACAUAUAUGAUACUCUGUUUUUCAUCUUUGAUAAUCUGGAAACAAUUAAUACUGCUUUAAGAAGUGGAGAUCUUCCACUAUCCCUUUCCAGAGCUACACGUGAACAGUUACAAUGGACACGUGAUGGAAUUCCUCCACUCUUUAAAGAUGCUUUAAUGAUAUUCAAGCCAUUAAAGCAACUUCAAUUAUGGCUGGAAUCCAACAAGUCCAUGGGUGCUUAUGCAUUCCUGAUGAUACAACAGUGCCAAGGGAUGUUGGAUGAAAUGGCAGGAAGAUUAACGCCAGAUGGUGAAGAGAUUCUCCGAUCAAUCACUACAAUAUUCAAAAAUGAUAUGAAAGAAUAUGGUAGAAUUGAUUUGCUUCG